ACACGUUUGACGAGGAGGGACGGCGGAGCUGCAGCCGAUGGAGGAGCCGAUGAAGACGAUGAAGAGUAGAAGAGAGGAGAGAAAUGAAGCAGCUCAAACAGAAGUGGGUGACUGAGUUCAGGUGAAGUGUUGGUGGGCGGGGUUUAGUCCCCUGAGCCACCGCAUGAUUGAUUGUUUGGGAUGAUCGCAACCGGCGGCCUCCUGCGGAUCAAUGCACGACGACAGGAUUCAUUAAAGACCAAAACCCAGAAAACACACCCACACAAGAAGAGGAGCAAAAAGAAGAGGCGCAGUGAAGUGGUGGUGGUCAAAGGGAAGUUGAAGCUGUUUUCGGUCUCUGGUCUUGUGGCGGCUCUCGGCAUCCUGGUCCUGUUGGUAGGCGUGGUCAUGGCGGCUCUUGGGUACUGGCCUCGAGAUGGAUUUUUCUUCAGCGCCCGGCCACAAGAGGGUGCCGCCAUGGCAUCAGUGUCAACCAGCAGGCCCACACCUGCACCCGCAGAGGGGGGAGAGACGGGGGAGGAUGGAGAUGAGGAGGACAGAGGAGGAGGAGGUGAUGAAGGAGCUGGAGCUGAGGUUGGUUUGAACCAAACUGAAAUCAUCAAUGGGACUUCAGGACGUCCCCUGAAGAGUUUCCUGGAGGAUUUCCUGGACAAGUAUCUCUACUCUGACAGGCUGAAGGUCUUCGGCCCUCUCAUCAUGGGCAUCGGGAUCUUCCUCUUCAUUUGUGCCAACGCUGUCCUGCACGAGAACCGGGACAAGAAGACCAAGGUGAUCAACCUGCGGGACAUUUACUCCACCGUCAUUGACCUCCACAGCCUCCGCAAACCCAACGCCUCCUCAGGCUCCGCUCCUAACCCCCUCAAUGGCCUCAUUAACUACGUCCAGUCAAAGAGCCUGGAGACCAAACCCAGAUCCUAUCCAGCCUCCCUGAUCACCAGGAAGGAGGGGAAGGGAGGGGGGGAAACAGAGCCACUGUCAUGGCAACCACUACCUGGUUACAGCAGUGGAGGCGGGGCUUGUGACACAGAAGGAGGAGGUGCAGUGUUCAGUAUUUACCAGGAGGAAGCUCCUCCUUCCCCGUCCCCUUCUGACAGACUUUCCCUCCCCCCCAGCUUAAGCCCCAUCCUCCCCUACCUUCAAAAGGAGGCACUCAGCUCCUUCACCCUGCCCCUCCGCCGCCCUCGCCUCGCCUUCCCACGCAGAGUGAACUCAGCCCGGGCCGAGACAGGGAGAACUCGGGGACCGAGGGGUGAGGAGGAGCAGAGCAGGGAGGAGGGAGGCCAUAAAGGGGAGGAGACAGAAGAGGAGGAGGUCCUAGGCUCCUCCACGCCUCCCCCACUCUGUCACACUUUGUCUGCAGUGUCCUGCAGCUCCUCCAGUCUCCACAGGGGGGCGCCGGGAGGCUCCCAGGCCUUCCUCCUCCUCUCCUGCUCCUCCCUCUCCUCUCUGUCACAACUCCUCUCCUCCACACCAGCCCCACCCUGCAGGAGGCAGAGCCUGCCGAGUGGCGGUGCCACAGGCUACAGCAAACUGACCCACAGAGAGGGCGAGUCCUUCGAGUCCGCCGAGAUGACAUCAUCAAUUCAUGUGGCAUCAGGGGGCCAGAGGUCAGGAGAGGUGAUGUCACACAGGAAGGUCUCCAACCGAGAGAAGUUAAGGAUGAUGUCCCUGGUUGAUGACCAAUCAGAAGCCGAGUCAGUCGAGGAAGCACAACUUAAAGGGCAUGUUUGAUGACAUCAUCAAUCAGUCAAUUAAUCAGUUAACCACAUUUGCUAUAAAGGUUAACGAGUCUAACAAGGAGAAACCUGAUUGGACGAUGGAGAUGAUGAUUGACCUGUUGAUUGAAGGAUAGACUCGUUGACUAACAGUGGAACUAGUAAGUGGUGGAUGUGUUUGAAGAUGACUUGUGACUGGAGAAUGGACUCAAGGAUGGACACAUUGACUGGAGGAUGUAGUUGUGGAGGGACUUGUUGAUUGGACAAUGUCUCACUGAUUGGAGGACAAACUCAUUGGAGGAUGGACUCACUGAUCGGUGAAUAUACACAAGAAUGGAUUACAUUAUUUAAGGCCAAUUCUUGAUUGGAGGACGUACUUUUGGACAAACUCGUGGAUUGGAGGACGUACUUUUGGACAAUCUCGUGGAUUGGAGGACGUACUUUUGGACAAACUUGUGGAUUGGAGGAUGUACUUUUGGACAAACUCGUGGAUUGGAGGACGUACUUUUGGACAAACUCGUGGAUUGGAGGACGUACUUUUGGACAAACUCGUGGAUUGGAGGGAGAACUGAUGACUCUGUGUUGGCGUAGCAAUAAGGAGUCUUCCAGCAGAGUGAAUGACAAAAACAAACUCAUGAACUUCAUUAUUGUUGCAAAACUCAGGAGAACACUUUGAGAUCAUGACUGAUUGAUUUUAGACUCUGAUUUUUCUUCAGUCUUUCCAUUCAAACCUUUGUGCUCUAGACUUCCUCUCUGUUUGUAGAUUUCCUCCGGCUCUAAAUGUCUGCUUGUUUUCAAAUCUUUAAUUCUUGCUCGAUCCAUUCACGUCUCAUUCAAGUUGAUUCUGCUCACAUGUGAAACUGACUCUCUGAUUUUUCUCUGUGGCGUACCAGACUUUCUCUGCUCUCUAAACACAUUUCUGCUCUUGUAUUUUACCUGAACCAACCAAUAGGAGACAGGUAGAGGAUGGACCAAUCACGUUAGCUCUGCCCGUCCCAACAUUUAUAACUCCACCCCAG